AAGGAACGGUAUGUAUGAGUUCAACGGUAUUAUAUACUAGUAUAGUUGUUAAUCUAGCGAACAGAAAAGCACCAAAAGCGCUCAUACCUUGAGCGACCGAAAUACCCCUGUACGGGAAUGGAGGAAUCAGAAAUUGAUCAGGAGACCAUUAUAGGCAGGAGACAGUAUGUGGAACAACUCAAAGAAUUUAUCGCAGAAUACCAAGAUAAGAUAUCAUCCUUACUGCAGAUGUUGUCAUGGACACCAGAACAUUUUGCAAAGAAGGAGGACAGAGUUGUCUGUCCCUAUGACAGCGGCCAUGUUAUGCCAGCCUCAGCUCUGAAGAAACACACCGAAGUGUGUCAGUACACCUCCCAGGGCUGUCCCAAGGAUGAAGUGCAUCUCCAGCUACUGAAGGGACCCCCUGACCCAGAGAACUCUGUUGUCCAGCCAGUCAAACUAGAUGCAGAAAUUAUCAACAAGAUUGUUUGGAAAGCAUCGACGGGUCCUCGGCAGAUGCCAGUGAGUCAGGAGGACUACAUGGUGAACUUCUCCCCGAGUGAACGUCAGGCCAUCUACCAGUAUGUGGCGGAGAAAGCUAAGCCAGCCAAUGACUUGCUGAACGUGGAAAAGGAUGAAUUCCUCACCAUUGACUGGCAGGCUGUUGUUAAGAAGGGUGGUUUUUCCAAGGACAGGCCGAAGAACAAGUACGAGAUGCUGGCUGAAUUACGAGACAUGAAGCGGCGUAGACAGUCGUACCGGGCCAAAAAUGUCCACAUCACAAAGAAGUCCUACACUGAGAUCAUCCGUGAGGUGAUACAGAACCAGAUCAAGAUGCUGGGCGGUGCAGACACAGAAGAGUCUGUGAAGGAGACCUCAGACAGCACCCUGGAGGAGUCACAGAGGGAAGCAUCCACAUCAAGAGUUGGUGAUGUGCCAGAUACAAGAGAAAGAGAUCAGGAGAAAAGGAGAGACCGAGAGAGGAGCAGAGAUCGAGAGAAGAGUAGAGACCGAGAGAGGAGCAGAGAUCGAGGGAAGAGCAGAGACCGAGAGAAGAGUAGAGACCGAGAGAGGAGCAGAGAUCGAGGGAAGAGCAGAGACCGAGAGAAGAGUAGAGACCGAGAGAGGAGCAGAGAUCGAGAGAGGAGACGUGAUAUCAGAGGGAGGGUGGAGAGAGGGAUGGACGUAGACACAGAAGAAAGGAAGAAGAUAGGGAUGAACGUAGGCAAUAUGAACGUGAUAGAUCAUCCCGCAAACAUCAUCGCCGACAUCGGUCACAUGAUAGGAGUGAGUCUUGUGGGCGUGAAGGGUCACGUGGGAGAGGAAAGGUUGAGGGGGCUGUGGGGAUGGAGACCAACUCACAAACAGAGGAUGGGUCCAGGAUGGCGAGGAAGACUGGGAGGGAUGGACGAGACAUGACAUCCAAUCAGGAAGAUGAUGCCUAUGAUAUAUUGGAAAGGGAAAUGCUCGGUGCCAAAGAUGAUGGUGAGGUGGCAUCGAGAGUGUCGUCAAUGGGAGUAGAAGAUGGCGAGCUAGAUGCUAACUCUCUUGACAUUGAGCACUCAAGGUCACGGAAGCACAAGCACAAGCAUAAGCACAAACAUAAACACAAGCAUAAGCACAGACGAGGAUCAGAUCUUGUCGAGGCCAGUGAGUAGGAGGCAUACCCACCUGGUGUUAUUGAGAGAACUUGUCUUAUGGAUAGAAUCUUGUGAUGCUGCAAAAAAACCAAAUUCCAGUGAAUAAAUAUUUCAAACAAAUGGUCA